ACAACGCUUACGACGGCGGCGGCGACGAGGGCAGCGAGCAACGCGGCCAGGAUACUGACCUCGGGUAUUAUAACUGAGCAUUCAUCACAGGUACAGACUUGAACAUCACCCACAACACCACCACAAACACAACAUUCACCACUAUGAGCUCGUCGUCGACACCAACACCACCAGAUGGCUACAAGCCUGAGCUCAUGUCCCUCGGGACAGAGUGUCACCACGACGCGUGCCACCUGCACGACUUUCUGCCAUUCAGCUGCCCAGCAUGCAUGCUCGCCUUCUGCCAAGACCACUUCCUGCCCAGCCACCACACCUGCACCGCGCCGCUCCCGGCCUCAAUGGUCGACCGCAUCGCGCCAACCUGCCCGCUGUGCAACGAGGUUGUCUCGUCCACCGGCCACCGGGGCCCAAAUCACGCCGUCGAGGCACACAUCAUGAGCGGGACAUGCACCGGCAUGGAGGGCGGCGAGGCGCGCAAGAAGGCGCUGCUCAAGGCGAGAAAGGACCGCGGCGAGGUGUGCUUCCGCCGCGGGUGCACCAAGGUGCUGGUCGUGCCCAUGGCCUGCGGAACCUGUACGCACAAGUUCUGCCCGUCGCACCGCAGCGCGCAGAGCCACAGCUGUACGCCCACGCCGGUCGGCUCGCCUGCCCCAGCACAACAGCAGGGCGCCGGCAAGAGCGCCAUGUCGCGCCUGCUGCAGUCUUCGUCGUCCAGCUCGUCGUCCAAGCCUGCCGCCAAGCCUAUCGCCGCGCCCAAGCCCCAGCAGCCGCCAUCACAGCCCGUAUCGGCCCAGCUCGAGGCGCGCGCCGCGGCCGCCCAGGCGGCGCUGAAGCGUGCUGGCCAGGACGCCAAGGUGCCGUUCGUCAAGACCAAGACGGAGAAACGCGCCGACGCAGAACUCCAGUCCACGAUCAAGUCGCUCAAGGCGCGCCACGACAAGGGAUUACUGACCAAGGCCGAGCAGGUGAGAUAAGCCGCCCACCCGCCGCGCGGCCCGCCUGAUCGCCCAGCUCCGAUACGCCGAGCUCGUGGGGCAGCAAGAGUCGUCAAGACGCAAAGGUGGCAGUGGGGGAGGCAAAGACAAGGACUGUAUCAUAGCGUAGAGUAGAGUACAAGUAGUCAUGGCAUAUUCAUUAUUACGACGUCGUGAGGGGGUAUUGUGUGACAGGGUAGCUGCGGCGGCGGUGUUUGCAGCGCCAGGAGCUAGGGGUAGGUACAUGCAACUGGUCAUCUCGAGAACAGGGUAUACUCUAGCGCAAGGGGUCUACGACCGCAGGCUUGGAGGAGAAGUAACACCGCCAGGGCGAUGUUGGGCAUGUUCCUCAACUCUGGCUGCAAUGCGCCUUGCAUGCGUGAUGUGAGCGUGUUGCGAAUGGCGCGGGUGGGCGGUGUGGCCGGCAGUGGUGGUGGGCUCUGUGGUGCUGCAGCAGACGCCGGGCUCUCAAACCCUGGUCGCGUCGUGCGCUCCUGCACCAUGUAUCCGCGGAGACGGGCCUCGAUAAAGUCGAACUGCGACUUGAUGAGCACGAGGUCGUGCUCUGCGCGCGUCUUGUCGCGCUCUGCGGCCGCCUGGCGGAGCUCGGCGACCUCGAGCUGCGCAUCGCGCACGUUCACCUGGCGCUCGAGGACAGCGGCGCGGUGCUGCGCGACGGCGAGCUGGCCCUCGACAGUGACGCGGCGGUAUAUCUCGCGCGCGACCUUGCGGUCGGCCGCCUCGCGGCGCGCCACCUCGCGCUCAAAGAGCACCAGCAGCGGGCCGUGGUUCCCGAUCGUGACGCCCUCGGGCACCGUGUCCAGCAUGUCCUGCAGCGCUUGGAUCAUCUCGUCUGACGCGCUGCCCGCGUGCGAUGCAGACUGGUGCGACAUGAGCUCCUGCUGCGCGCGCGCCGUGCUCAGCCACGACGACGGGAGCUGCGUCUUGGCCGGCGGCGUCGGGGGCGGGGACGAUGCCGCAGGGGAGGGCGAUGAGGGCGGCCGUG